UUUAUUAUAGUCAGUUAUCUAAUAAAGUUGUUCUUAACUAAAAAUUAUCAGUACAAGUGCUUAAGAGCCAAGAGUGCCUGAUUGGGUGACUGCAGCAAAUUGUGCUUUUAGAAAACUAAUUUCAGUUAAAAUGAGACUGGUCCAUUUUAUGCUAAGCACCGGCAAAAUUCGGCUGGGAGCCUUGGAUGGAGAUAAUAUUAUCGAUCUCAAUUCUCAUGCGAACUGGGUACCAAUUGAUUUAGUGCGAUUUCUUCACGAACACGAAAAUGCGUACGAGAAGUUGAAACUGGUAGCUGCGGAUCCAUUAAACACAAUAUAUCCCGUGGAUAGGGUCCAUUUGAUGCCACCUAUCCAAGGGCCUGAUAAAAUUUUAGGAAUCGCUCACAACUACUCUGAUUAUUGUGACGAGAAACAAAUAGAGUAUCCCUCAGAGCCAAUAGUCUUUAAUCGAUUCGCUUCCACCAUAAUCGGUCCAUACGAUCGAAUUAAACAUCCCACAUGCAGCAAGGCUGUUGAGUGGGAAGUAGAGUUGGUGGUGGUGAUGGGUAAAAUUGCAAGAAACGUUAAGGCUGCAAACGCAUUCGAUUACGUUUUUGGAUAUACAGCGGCGCAAGAUCUAACAGCAACAGAUUGGAUGUCAAAGAGUGGAGGACAAUACGUUUUAUGCAAGAAUAUGGACCACUUCUGCCCCAUAGGCCCUUGUUUAGUCACUAAAGAUGAGAUUCCUGACCCACACAACCUCUUCGCAAAAACGUGGGUAAAUGGCGUUUUGAAGCAAAAUGGCAACACACGAAACUUACUAUUCAAAAUAGAUGAACUAAUUGAGCAUCUCUCCAGCGUUCUAACACUCCUUCCUGGGGAUUUGAUAUGCACUGGAACCCCAUCAGGAGUGGGAGAAACUAGAUCUCCUCCAGAAUUUUUAAAACCGGGAGACGUGUUGACCAGUGAAAUUGAAGGAGUUGGAAAGCUGAAAAACUAUGUCGUAGACUAUGAAUCACACAUUAUAUUGAAGCUGUAAAAUAAUGGAUCCAAAAAAGUUAUCAUUUUAAUAUGCCAAGUACAUAGAUUUUAAUUCGACUGUUACCUAAAAGCAAUUAUACCUAAUGACAUUUGAAAAGCAA